AUGAACUAUUCAAAUACUAGAAGACAUGCUAAUGCUUGUGUGUUAGAUUUCCCAGUGGGUGAUAAAGUAUUCCUUCGAGUGUCAUCUAUGAAACGGGUUAUGCGUUUUGGAAAGCAGGGAAAGAAAAGUCCAAGAUUUAUAGGUCCUUCUGAGAUAUUAGACAGAGUGGGACAGGUAGCUUAUCGACUGGCAUUACAACUAGUAUUAACUGAGACACAUAAUGUGUUUCACGUUUCUAUGCUACGGAAAGACGUGUCAGAUCCAUCACACAUUCUGAAUUAUGAAAGAAUGGAGCUAAAGCAGGACUUAAGUUAUGAAGUGCGACCAGUUCACAUUAUAAAGAGAGGAACGAAGGAGUUAAGAUCCAAAAGUACUCCUCUAGUAAAAGUUCUGUGGAGCAACUGUUCGGAAAGGGAGGCGACGUGA